CAACGCACACUAAUUCAGCAGACAGAACAUGGAAGCGGCGCCUAAGGAGGAGAAUUCGGGGGAUGAACAGCACCAAGUAGCUGAAGACUCUCAGCUCUUUGAAACAGAAGAUGUUGAAUCUCAGAAAACAGUUCUGAUUGUGUAUGCCCACCAGAGCAUGGGCUCAUUCAAUGAAGCACUCCGGGAUAUUGCUGCUAAGGAGCUAUCAAUGCAAGGAUAUCGGAUCAUCGUGUCAGACCUUUAUGCUAUGAACUUCAAAGCCAACUCCACACAAGAUGACAUAAUUGGUGAUUUAAAGAAUCCAGAGCUUUUCCAGUAUGGAGAGGAGACAAUGCACGCCUGGAAGGAGGGUCGCCUAAGUGAAGACAUUGUGGCUGAACAACGGAAAGUUGAAGAGGCUGAGCUCAUCAUCUUCCAGUUUCCUUUAUACUGGUUUAGCGUACCUGCCAUCAUGAAGGGAUGGAUGGACCGAGUGCUGACUCAGGGCUUUGCAUUCUCACUGGAAAAGAUGUACAAUAACGGUAUUUUCAAGAACAAGAAAGCAAUGUUAUCAUUUACAACUGGAGCUACAGAAUCAAUGUUCCGCCCUGAUGGUAUCAACGGAGACAUUAAUGUCGCACUGUGGCCUCUACAGAAUGGCACUUUGCACUUCUGUGGAUUCCAGGUCCUUGCUCCUCAGAUUUUCUGGGGUCCGGCUCAUUGCCCUGCUGCAGUUCGAGCUGCAAUGCUCGAAGAGUGGAGUGUGCGGCUCAAAGGAUUGCUGGCUGAGAAGUCUCUGACUUUUGCCCGAUGUGAAUGGUUUGACCUCAGCUUUGAAAAGGGGUUCUUGCUCCAACCAAAGGUGAAGGAGGAACAGAUGUCCAAUGCCUACGGGAUCACUACAGGACACCAUCUUGGGAAACCGCUCCCACCUGACAAUCAGACCAAAGCAUUGAUCAUAGAUGAACAGAGCUCAUUAGUACCUGCCUUGAUCACAGAUGGCUGUAACACCGAAUAAAUUGAGUAUUUGAAAGAGACUCAAAGAAUCACUCUAAUCAAGUUCCUGAACUAUUACU